AAAUGUGGUCAAUUUCCCAGUCUGUGCCUCUGUGGUGUUUGUAUAAUAGGUUACACACUAUAUCCGAAUAUGACAUUUGUAAUUUGUAAAUAUUAUUUAUUUUAUCCAAACAAUUUCACUUAGGUGUCCGAACUGAUUAUUAAAUAUUACGAUUAACCGAAGAAAGUGUGUGUUAUUUAUUAGUUAAUGUGAGGUUAUGAAAAGAAAAUUGACUCGCGUUACAUCCUGUGUCCAAUGUUUACAAUUAAACAAUUUUUAAAGAACUUUAAAGAAUGUGAUGGGAUAUUGUCGUACCAGAUAUGACAUUAAGUGGAUUUAACAUUGAUAAACUACAAUGAUUGGUGCACCUAGUAGUUUAGAAGAUGCGUGUCGGCAGGCCCAGGAAAUGAUAAAUCAUGUAUCAAGAUAUUGCCAAAAUGUACAGGGACAAGGUUCUGUAAAUUUAACUACGGAAAAAUUGUUAACGUCGCAUAAAAAAGAAUAUGCUCAUUCUAAGCAUAGCAUUCAAGCUAAAUUAACAAGGCUUUAUAUUGAGGAAUUAUCCAAAUUUCCUCAUGCAACACCAGACUCAGUUUUGAACAAUUUAGAAAAUGAAUGUGAUCUUUUGGGACGGUUAGUGCAAAGAGAAAAUUUGCACACAUUAAUUGUUAAUUUACAUUGUGGUAAUAGAGGAUACUCAUUAGCUGUUAGAAAUAGUUCUGACAAAGGAAAUCAGUACGAGAAAAAUUCUGUACUUUCUAAAAGUCAAUUUAUGGGUUAUGAACAGGGUGAAUUGCUUUCAUGCAUAGACAAUGGUCAGUUGCCUGCAAUGCUGGCAGAGCAGUUAGAAACUAAUCAUUCACAUUUAUUCUACGAUGGUUGCAUAAUAGCAGAAGUUCGAGAUCAUCGUAAAUCAUUUGCUCAUAAUAAACCCGAAGUUCAUCAUGUACUCCUUAAACCUACGACUCAGAGUAUACUUUCGGAUGUAUCAACUUUAACGAGCGGUGGAGAUUGGAGUCAUGAGGAAAGAUUGUUGCUGGAAUCGCAAUUGGUAGCAGCUACUCAAGGACCUUUAUGUUUAGAUCCAAAUCCUGUUCCUGGUAUAGCUAUAACUCGUCUAAGGCAUUCUAAAGCCCUUCUUACGGAUCAUCAAUUAAUGCGCCAAGCCAAAAAGUUUUCUCAGGUUUCGGUUAAUCGUAAAAGAAAAUUAGAACAACUGGCACAACCGGAUGGUUUAACAAUACAAGAUUUAAUGCAAAAGUUACGUGCUAAAAGAGGAACACCGCUUAGUACUGCCUGUCCGACUCCUUCCCUUUUAAAUCCUCCUCUUUCACCUCCAACUACACCGAUUGAUGUUUUAAGAUUUGCGAAAGCAUAUGAGAGACCGCGAGAAACAAAAGACUGUCUGCCACAAGUUAUAGAAGAGUAUAUAUUAGAAACUAACGGGAACCAAGGUGAAGUAGAUCACAUAAAGCUUUCAAUUUUGCAAAGACCUUCUAAUUCUGAGUACCUGGGAGAGCUUUAUAUGGAUAAGAAUCACCGAGAAGGAGAAAAAAAUGGAUCUGCUUGUCGAUUUGUAUUAGGUACAAGAGCUUCAGCAAAUCAUUACAUUCAACAAUUUACUGAAAUAUUUACUGAAGAAGGUAGGAAAAAUGUUCGAAUAAAACAUAUAGUACCAGGACAAACGCCUCGUGUUACAUGUACUCCUGGCAUGCAACGAGCUCAUCAACAGAAGGUAGCGUUGGCUCAACACUUACAACAAGCGCAAUCCCAACACGUAGCUCAACAGAUCUUGUCCCGAGCACAAGGACAAUUGAAUACUUUAGCCGGUCAAGUAGCAUCGAUGAAAGCCAUGACCGAAGCUACAACAUCGGUGCAAAAUAAUUUGGGAAACAUGGAUAUCACAAAUGUGCCUCAAGUUAUUGCACAAAAUGAUACUGCUGCUACUUUAAAUACUGGACAACCUUUAUCUAAUGGUGGAUGUACACCAUCCGGUUCUAUACAAAUUGACACAUCUACAAUGUCGGUGACUGACAAUAACUCGUGCAAUAGCUCCGGAAUAUUAGUUUUUCAACAAAAAGCUGCUACUGCUGUCAAUAACACAUCGUCUCCCAACGUUUCCGUUUUGCAAGCUCAAUUGCAAGCGGGUACGCAAAGUUGUAUAAAUGAAACGGUUAAUCAGAAUCAGAAUGAGAUAUCUUUUAAAAAGCAUACUACUAAUCCAGCUAUAAGUGCCCUAGUUACUUCUCUUAUGAAUUCUGCUCAACAAUUUCAACAACAAGCUGCAGCUAAUGCCGCAGCAGCUGCUAUGAAUAAUAAUGCACAGACUACAAAUAAAUCAAGUAACGCAGCUAUUCUUAGUUUACUAAAUAGCAGUCCAGCUAAUAUAGGACAACAGAAAGGUCAACCACGGAGGAUCUCUUUAAAUGCUUCCAUCCCAUCAAGGGUUAUUAGUCAUGGCAAUGUUAUUAAUGUUCCCAGUACUACGGGACAGGUAAGAGUUAGUUUAAGUUCUGCGUUAACAGGACAACUAGCUUGUAAGCAACAGCCAGUAAAAGCAACAGCUGUGAGAUUAGCUAGGGUACAAGAUCCAACUUCGACUCUCGGUUUAUCGAUGCCAGGACUCUCAGCUUUGCUUGCUGGAACACCAUCUGCUGAUAAUCCAAUUCCUGGAUUCAAUUCUCCUUCGCCAUUACUUGAACGUAUAACUGCUUCUUCCAGUCAAAGUACCCAACCAGCAAGUCCAAUGACUAGUCCGCCGCCUGCCAAUGUUAAUCUGCAAGGUGUUAAUCUCACCAGUUUACCUAACUCAAUUAACGGACUUCAAAAUGUUCAGGUAUCAUUCCCCGGCUUAUCACAACCCAUCACAAUGUCAUUAAAUGUGUCAGCAACAACAGGUUCAGUAACACCUACAGGUGUCAUUGUAUCUUUGCCUAUAUCAUCUGCGACUAAUACUUGUACUACAGUUUCCAGCAUGAUUGCUGCUACUGUUGUAACGACUGCCAUCGCUGGAAGUACACCGACUGUAGUAAUCGCGAAUUCUGCUAAUACUCAUUUAUCAUUGCCAAUCGCCCAAAUUAUACCGUCAGGGGUAAAAGGUUUAUCUCAACAAAAUAUACGUAGCACUAAUACAAUGACUAUAUCACAGGGUGGGCAAGCAAUUCAGCUUAUUGGAUCUCAAAGGCCUCGACUUAAUCAUAUGGCUCGUCAAGUACAACCGAGUCAAGUUAAAUCGACUGUUUUACCAAAUCAAUUAGUAACAGUAGCUAAAACGGUAACAGCAAGUCAGUUGAUAUUAUCUGGCAAUAAACAAGUGUUAACUCCUAUAAUGGCAGCCACCAAACCUGUGCUUAUGGCGUCUCAAACAACGCCUUCUUCCCAAAUAGUACCUGCAAACAAACAAACGUUACUCGCUAAAUCUUUGCACGCUAGAGUUUCAACGGGACAAUGUAGCCAACAACAAACGCAAAGUCUUGGAUUAGCUGCGUUAUCUCAACAGCAAUUACAGAGAACGGUGGUAAAGCCCGUACAAUUGCAACAAUUGCAACAAUGUUUAGCCGCUCAGCAUAAAGUGGCUGUUGCUGCUGCAGCUGCCAGUUCGCAAAAUAGGACACAAAUUGAAAAUCAGAGAAAUUCUGCUGCCGCUGCUGCUGCUGCUGCAUCAACUCCUGGAGACGAUGCUGUUUGAAAAUGUUGAAAGAUAUUAACAUUUUCUUCUCUUCUGUUACAUUUAAUAAUUGAAACCCACCUUAUAAAAGAAACAUAAAAUGAGCAGAAUAGUGCGCAAGUUGAGAUACCAUUUAGUCAUGUGUAUAUAUAUAUAUAUAUAUAUAAAUAGUUAUAUAUAUACAUAUAUAACUUCCAUGUUACGCAUAGAGAGUUACAAAUGAUUCGUUUCAAGUUCAUUUAAAGAAUUUUUUUUUUUAUAUCAAAAUAAAAAAUAUUGUUUGUGCUUUGUAUAAACGAGACAAAAAAAAAACAGCCCACCUUCCGCCCUCCUAAAAUAACGAAAACGAAUCAAGGCAUCGUAUUAAAUCAUGUAUAAUAAUAAUAAUAAUUAUUAUUAUUAUUAUAAUUACGAUGAUAUUCUCGUUCCAUUUUUAAAAGAGA